AUGGAUAAUGCACUUUUUCCUUUCGAAUUUAAAUUUUUGGAUAGCAGACGAAACGAUUGAUAUCUUUCUUUUUUUCGUUUAGUUUGAAUUUUACACGAUGGUAUUGUCGAUACGUACGUGUAUAUUUUCAGCUGGAAUUACUUUAUAGUAAACAAAUAUGAGAGUGAAAACCGUGCCGAGGCAGAGGAUAUCUCAAGGUAACGCGAACGUUGGCUCGGUGCGUGAAACGGUUACCAGAAAAAUUGAAAAUUCGGAACAACGCUCGAACGAUGAGGAAAAGAAAGUGUCAAAAGGCGAAAGUGAUGCGUUACUCGAGCCGAACGAUUCGGGCGAAGGAGAUCAGUCGAAAGAUCUAUCAGUGAAAGUCAAGGAGAAGAUGGAAACAUCGAUCCACUUGGAAAAAGUGUUGAACAUGUCGAUCAAGAUCGAAGAGGAUUCGGUGCUUCUCAGCUUAAUAGCUGGUCCAAGUUGCAAUUACUCCAACUCGCACUCAAAGAGAGAUACAAAGGAAUUUAUUAGCAACGACGACAAUAACAAUAUAAUAACAUCGGAGACGGAAUCGGAAAAUUAUUCCUGCGUUGCCGGUUGUUCGAGCAAAGAAGAUUCAGAAUCGUGCGAAAACAAAGACGAGGAGAGAGAGGAAGCUCUUAAUUUAUGCAAACGGGAUUGUGAAGAGAAAGACGUGUCGAAUCACAAUGUGGGAUCCGAUGAAAAGUUAAAGGACACUUUUCUUUACAAAAUCAUGACAGAUCCGACGUUCCUAGACAAUAUACAAAAGAGCAAACAGACGAAGCGAUACAUGUGCGAAUUUUGUAAGCAAACGUUCGGUAACAGCGACGAGUUGGCCGAUCACAUGGAUGUGAAGAAGGACGAGUCGAAUCAGGUGAUAUGUUGCGCGUGCAAGAAAACCUUCGCCCAGAAACGGUAUCUGAGAUAUCAUCAGAGGUGUCACUCGGAGAGGACCAUGUUUACCUGCGACAUAUGCACCAAGAAGUACACCAGGAUGGACAAUUUGUCCAGGCACAACGCAUUCCACGUGAACCCGGAUAAAUUCUCGUGCACGUUCUGCGAGAAGACAUUCGCGAGGAAGGAUCUGUUGAACAAGCACUUGAAAAGUCACGACAAGAAUCGUUUUAUGUGCGAGGUGUGUCAAAGAUAUUUCAAAGGCCCGCUUACGUUGGAUAAUCAUAAAAAGAAUUUCCACUCCAUUGUAUAA